AUGUCCGCUUCUCCGCAAGAACAGCAACCACCCGUGCAGGAGUCGCUGGGCUCCAACGCCGAAGACUUGUACUUGGAAUCGUACGCAUUCACAACCGCCGCCGCCAUUGUUGGUUCUGUGGACCGCAAGAUCUUCGUGUUGUUGCGAGAUGGCAGAAAUGUGUUUGGAAUCUUGAGAACAUUCGACCAAUUCGCCAACCUCGUGUUGCAGGACACCGUGGAGAGAAUAUAUUUGCCUAAAGUCGACGAGCAGGCUCCUGAACGCUUUGCUGAAGCACCCAAAGGUGUAUUUAUGGUGAGAGGUGAGAAUGUGGUUAUGCUUGGAGAACUAGAUAUCGACAGGGAAGACGAUCACUUAGUCAAUAUGCAAAGAGUUGGGUUCCAGGAAGCCGAGGCUGAACUCAAGAGCCGCCAGGCCGCCAGAGUGGCCGACGAGAAGAUCAAAGCAAAGAACUACUUGAACAGGGGCCUCAUUCAUGACUUUGUCAAGUCCGACUUGUACUAG